AGAGGUCUGCUCAGCUCAAAAUGCCUGAGUUACUUAAGCUGCCACUCUUCCUCCUGUAAGUGGAAAGUGCUGGACAAGGACAUAAACAUGUUCAGGAGCAAAUUCUCCAGCAAAAGAGAGAGCAUAUGGGGUUUCUACAUCCUUAUGUUGUACACCAACCCCCUCUCCUGUCUGGCAAAUUUCAGUCAAGCAAAAGAGCUCAUCUAUAAGAUAAAGGAGGGAUUACCCAAGGGGACUUUCAUCGGGUCUAUUGGAGUGGACUUACAUUUGGAUUUCACAGUUGAGCCCCCCUUUUUAUUCAGUCUCACUCAAAAGAAGGUCAGUGAGCAGUAUGUGAACAUAAAUAAUACUACUGGGGAGCUUUACACAUCCGCUGCUGAGAUUGACAGGGAAACCCUGUGUCCUUACAGCUCUGAGGAGCAGGGAUGUUUCCUUUCACUGGACGUGUUUGUGUUGCCUCAGCAGUACUUUCAGCUUGUCAAAGUAAAGCUUUUAAUUGAAGACGUGAACGACAACAGGCCGAAGUUCCCCACAGAUGAAAUCCGCAUAUCUAUCCCAGAAAACACAGCAAUAAAUGACCGUUUUGCAGUGGAACUGUCUGCCAUUGACCCGGACCUGGGGAUUUAUGGAGUGCAGACCUACUGGCUGGUUAACGACUUUGGUGUGUUUACUCUGGAUGUAGAGGAGAAUGAUGGAGGUGAGCUGACACCAUUCCUCAUCGUGACAGACUUUUUAGACAGAGAGACGCAAGCGGAAUAUGUUACAGAUAUCAUUGCAGAAGACGGAGGGACCCCUCCCCUUCUUGGAGCAGCAACUUUAAAAAUUGCCAUCACAGAUGUAAAUGACAACUGCCCUAAAUUUACAGAGUCACAAAUUAAUGUCACUCUGCACGGGAAUACCAGUAAAGGGGCACAGUUGGCACGUUUGCAUGCUUUUGACCCUGACCUUGGUGCUAAUGCACAGAUCAGCUACGCUUACAGUGAACGUGUGCCAAGGGACACCAGGAGCUUGUUCCAUUUGGACAAAAUUACAGGGGUGAUCAAGCUUGCCAGGAAGCUAGACUUUGUCACAACCACAUUUUACAAACUGACUGUUCUGGCCAAUGGACCUGGCUGCAUCCCUGCUGUUGCAACUGUAACUGUCUACAUCAUCAAAGUGGUUACAGGACCCCCUGCUGUCAUACCUAGAUAUAUUGCACCCGAAAAGGAUGGAGUGGUGACACUAAAGGAGUCUGAGCCAGCUUUUUCUCCAAUAGCAUUUUUUACUAUCAAAAACAUGGACAAAAGCCAAAGGGUGGACUGUUAUUUGGAAGGGUUCGGUCCCUUCAGGCUUGUCCCAUACCAGCAAUUAGAGAAUGAGUAUUUACUAGAAACAACAGAGACAUUGGACUAUGAGAGGACUCAGGAAUAUGAGCUAAUUUUGGUUGGUAACAACACUCAAGGUCUAAUCAUAAAGACUUUCCUAAAGGUGCAGGUUUUGGAUGAGAACGAUAAUGCACCAGUGUUUCAACAGUCUUUAGUGGAAAUAACAAUUGAGGAAAAUAAUUCACCAAACACAUUUCUGACUCAGCUCCAAGCCUCAGACCCAGACAGUGAAAGUCGAGGGGAGGUAAUUUACAUCCUUGGUGGUGAUACUCCUGGAAUUUUUGUAGUGGAUCGUCUGACGGGGGUUCUGACUGUUGCGACAUCUCUUGACAGAGAGGAAAAAGAAAAAUAUCGAUUCAUAGUUAGAGCAGUAGAUCAGGGGAUGCCCAGGAGGGAGUCAAUUGCUACGAUAGUGGUGACUGUACUGGAUCGCAAUGACAACAGUCCACGUUUCAUUAACAAGGAUUUUACCUUCUUUGUGCCAGAGAACUUUCCUGGGUAUGGGGAGAUUGGUGUCCUCACUGUGACUGAUCCUGACGCUGGUAAGAAUGGGUGGGUAGCCCUGUCCAUCCUUAAUGGCAGUGACAUUUUUAUGAUAGACACUGGCCGAGGUGCACUAAGGGCCAAGACAUCCCUAGACCGUGAGCAGCAAGGAACGUAUCAGCUAUGGAUUGAGGCCGCUGAUGGUGGGGUGCCAGCGCUUUCCUCUGUUACUAUGGUGACUGUUCUCUUGUUGGAUGUGAAUGACAACCCGCCGGUUGUUCUUUUCCCUCAGUCCAACCAGUCCUACAUGCUGGUACUACCUAAUACAACACCUGGAACAUCAAUAGCAGAAGUGUACGCAGUGGACAAAGACACAGGGAUGAAUGCUGUGAUUGCCUACAGUAUCAUUAAAAGGAAAGGGGGCGAGCCAGGGUCAUUUGCAAUUGACUCAGAAACAGGAAACAUAACAUUAAAGAGAGAGCUCAGCAACAGAGGGCUUUACAGCCUUCUGGUGAAAGUUAGUGAUCACGGUCAACCUGAACCGCUUUACUCGACGGUCAUGGUUAACUUCUUUGUCAAUGAAACAGUGAGUAAUGAGAGUUACAUCCAAAGUCUGCUGACCAGAGACGUUGACAUAGAAGUUGAAGAGAAGCCCUGGUACAUCAGUCAGAUGACAGAUGGGCCAGAGAGGUAUGAGUUGUUCCCCUGUCGGCCCAUCCUCAUCAGUCUUUCAGUGGCAUGUCUCGGUUUGUUUUCCCUGGUUCUCAUAUUGAUAUCAUAUAUAUGCUGCAAGAGAUUUAAAAAGAUAAGAAAGAAAAGAUCAGAAGUGGAAGUACCUUUAAAAUUAAAAAAUGGCUCAGCAAACUUUCUGAACAGAAAACUCAGGCAGAUGUCAAACAUCUGAUCAUCAGUUUUGUACAUAUCCAAAAACUACCAUUGUUUACGUGAAUGUUUACAAAUAUAACUGUAAGAAGUACAGCUAUUACAUAAAGUUGCUGUUUUUGCUUUGGUAAUUUCAGUGUUAUUACUGCGAUACACCCAAGAGAGGAAGAGCUAAGUUUAAAGUUCUAUUUUGUCAUCUCCUAUACGAUACAUUAUAUUUCAUUCUUUUCAAUUAAUUCAAAUGUGGCACAUUAGAAAAUUAUUGGCAAGAAAGUAAUAAUGGCAUUAUAGUAAAGCAACAAGAGCAACUGAUGAGAUUACAGAGUUAUUUUGUACAUAUUGUAAAAAAUUGUUUUACUAUUUUAUGUAACACUUUUGCACUGGUAUAAAUAGAGACGUUUCACCACAGGAGGUCCGUUCUCUUGAAUCAAUUUAAGAAAGAAAUUAUCCACUGAGGUUAUCAGAAAAAGUUGGAGAAAUUUUUAAAUAUUUAUUUUUUCAAAAACUGUCCAUGUAUAUUCACAAAGCAAAAAUCUAACUUCUAAAUCUGAAUGUUGUAGAAAAGACCAUUUGUAUGUAAAUCAUGUGCUUUAUUUGCUAAUUUUUAAAACCUACAUAUAGACCCCUGCCAAGCUUUAUCAGAACAAUCAGCCUCACUGUCUAGCUCGAUAAGUUAUUUUGGACUCGAUUGAAUUUUGUCUUACUCUUUUUAACAUAAUUGUUUAAAAAAAAAAAAGCAUGCAUGGGGUCCCUGUCUGUGUUUUUGGUUUAUUUUUUAAUCUUGUCUGAGCACAAUGCGAGUAACUACAAAAAGACUUCCACAACUGAAAAGUACCUGAAGUCUUAGGAAGUCAAACAUAUUUAACAGAAAAUCCCUCCCAACACAGCUAAACAUUUAUCAAAGAUGAUAAAUGAAACACUAUUUUAUAACAUUUAUGUGCUUGAUGUUUCAUAUGUCAAUCUAAUUUAAAUCAUGCCAUUUUUAAUGUGUCUGUAAAAUAAACUGCAAGUGUAUGAAAGAGAAAAUCUGAUAAAUUAUUAAAGAUAUUUAUUUUUAUAAUAUA